UUCGAAAGCUUGCUGUCAUUUUCGGAGUUUCGUCAUCGUUUUAAAUGAUUUUAUGAAAAAUGGUCUGAGACACGUUUGUAUAACGAAACUUGGUGAAGAUACGAUCGUCGUGUCCGUCCGUGGUUUUCGAAGCUCCUGAUCGAUCCGCGUUUCGUUGACGUGCCGCAGAAGCUGCCAGUUGUCUCCGUGGACAACCUCUGCCUCCAGGAGGUGGUGCAAGGCAAUGCACGAGGAACCGGUGCACGAGUCACGGUGGUAAAGAUGCGAGGCUGGAGUCGAGUCGCGUGUGCUCCCGUGCCAGCCUAGCAGAGGAACCAGCACGGCCCGGCGACGAUGCGAGAUAACUCCAAAGAGAUGUUCAUCAUCAGAGCUUUGGAAAAGAUCCUGGCUGACCGGGAUGUCAAACGGUCGCACCUCUCUCAACUCAGAAAGUCCUGUGAGACUGCACUCGAUAACUUGCGGAAUGAGAUCAAAGAAGGGUCAGGUACUCAGGUCUCAACUGCUUUGCCGCAGCCACGAAGUGAUUCAUAUGUCAUCUCUGCAGAAAAAUAUUUCCUACCAUUUGAACUGGCCUGCCAGAGCAAGUCCCCAAGGAUUGUGGUCACUGCUCUGGAUUGUUUACAGAAGUUAAUUGCAUAUGGACAUCUAACUGGAAAUGUACCUGAUUCUACAGAACCAAAUAAACUACUAAUUGUGCGGAUUGUUGAAACAAUAUGUGGAUGUUUCAUGGGACCACAAACAGAUGAGGGGGUUCAGUUGCAGAUUAUUAAAGCACUUCUCACAGUAAUGACCAGUCAACAUGUGGAAGUUCAUGAAGGUACUGUGUUGCUCACCAUACGCACAGUGUAUAGUGUCUACUUGGCCUCCAGGAACCUGGUUAAUCAAACUACAGCUCGAGCGACUCUUACACAGAUGAUUAACGUUAUUUUUGCACGCAUGGAAACACAAGCAUUGAGAAAACUUUCGGCUCCUCUGUCGUGUCAGGAAGAAGAAAAUGUGAGAACUGAGGUAGAACAAUCAGAAACGACCAACGUGAAUUCCACCAACUGUACUUCUGGUGGUGAACUUGAAGCCGAAGCAGUGAACCACGAAGAACCAUCAACAGAGAGCAGUCAAGAACCCCAGUUGAUAGUUAGAGGAAUCUUGGAGGACAUGGUGAACUCUGUUGUUCCUGAGGACUCCACAAAUGUAACCACAGUGAUUUCAGAAGAAGCUAGUUUGGAUCAAGUGCCUAUAGAUGAGAAUUCAGACGAAGCUGUCGCGGAGAGUGAUAACAUGGUUAGGGCAAAAUUCACUCAUGUGCUACAGAAGGAUGCUUUCUUGGUAUUUAGAGCACUUUGCAAACUCUCCAUGAAACCACUUCCAGAUGGUACUCCAGAUCCCAAGUCCCACCAACUCAGGUCCAAGAUUCUUUCACUACAAUUACUUCUGGGAAUAUUGCAAAAUGCAGGACCAGUGUUGCGUUCCAAUGAGAUGUUUGUGAUAGCCAUAAAACAGUACCUCUGCGUAGCUCUAUCUAAAAACGGUGUUUCUUCUGUUCCUGAGGUGUUUGAACUGUCAUUGGCGUUGUUCCUCGCAUUGCUAGCUCGGUUCAAAGUACAUUUAAAAAUGCAGAUAGAGGUAUUCUUCAAGGAGAUCUUUAUGAACAUCCUCGAGACCUCCAGCAGCUCCUUUGAGCACAAGUGGAUGGUGAUUCACGCUUUAACUCGCAUUUGUGCGGACGCACAGAGUGUUGUGGACAUAUACGUGAACUAUGAUUGCGAUUUAUCAGCUGCAAAUUUGUUCGAAAGGCUUGUGAAUGAUUUAUCGAAAAUUGCACAGGGUAGACAAGCACUAGAAUUAGGCGCCUCCCCUAAUCAAGAGAAAUCAAUGCGUAUCAGAGGCCUCGAAUGCUUAGUAUCAAUCUUAAAAUGCAUGGUUGAAUGGAGUAGAGAUUUGUACGUGAACCCCAGCGUUCCGGCUGAUCAGCAACUCCCAUCGGAGCCUCCUGAUCCUCCAGUGGAGCCUCCACUGCCUCGUUACGGAAGUGCAGGCAGUCUAUCCUCUGCGAACUCCAGUCUAGUAGGCAACAAAGAGAUCCCUGACUCGCCGGAGCAAUACGAAGUGCAGAAACAGCAGAAGGAAGUAUGGGAGACUGGAAUAGACAUUUUUAAUCGAAAGCCAAGCAAGGGAGUACAGUACCUUCAAGAACAAGGUCUUCUAGGCAAUUCGUCCGAAGAUGUUGCUCGUUGGCUUCAUAUGGACGAACGACUCGAUAAAACAGCGAUUGGUGACUUUCUUGGCGAUCAUAAUCAUAAUCAAGUGAUGUAUAGCUAUAUUGAUCAAAUGAAUUUUGCCGAUCGCGAUUUAGUUACAGCCCUCAGAUAUUUUCUCGAGGGCUUCAGAUUGCCCGGUGAAGCACAGAAGAUUGAUAGGUUGAUGGAGAAGUUCGCUAGCCGAUACUGUGAAUGUAAUCCAAACAAUGGAUUAUUCACAAGCGCAGAUACUGCUUACGUGCUGGGCUUCUCGAUUAUUAUGUUAACCACCGAUCUCCAUUCACCUCAAGUGAAAAACAAAAUGACGAAGGAACAAUACAUAAAGCUAAAUCGACGCAUCAGUGACAAUGAGGAUCUGCCUGAAGAGUACUUAUCGAAAAUUUACGACGAAAUAGCGGGAAAUGAGAUUAAAAUGAAAUCUAACCCCAAUCGACCUGGAAAACAAGUGAUAUCCAGUGAAAAGAAGCGACGCCUCUUAUGGAACAUGGAAAUGGAAGUAAUCUCAACAGCAGCCAAGAAUUUAAUGGAGUCUGUCAGUCACGUUCAAGCACCUUUUACCACGGCAAAACAUUUGGAGCACGUUCGACCAAUGUUUAAAAUCGCGUGGACACCAUUUUUGGCCGCGUUCAGCGUUGGUCUUCAAGACUGUGACGAUCCUGAAAUCGCCUCACUUUGUUUGGACGGUAUUAGAUGUGCAAUACGCAUCGCUUGCAUAUUUCACAUGACGCUAGAACGGGACGCGUAUGUGCAAGCAUUGGCACGGUUCACUUUAUUGACUGCAAAUUCACCAAUCACUGAGAUGAAAGCAAAGAAUAUUGAUACAAUUAAAACUUUGAUCACUGUUGCUCAUACUGAUGGCAACUACCUUGGCAGCUCUUGGUUAGAUGUAGUGAAGUGUAUCUCUCAACUUGAGCUUGCACAGCUGAUUGGCACUGGAGUUAGGCCACAGCUUCUGGGUCCACCUUCAAAACCUCAUUUCCCUUCACCAUUGGUGAACUUCAACCUAACUCACAAUAUGUCUCAUCAGAAUAAUAAUUUAAAUCUCAGCUCAUUGGAUCCAAGUGUAAAGGAAUCCAUAGGAGAGACAAGUUCCCAGAGUGUAGUUGUAGCUGUCGACAGAAUAUUUACUGGCUCCACCAGAUUGGAUGGAGAUGCCAUUGUAGAGUUUGUUAAAGCUCUAUGUCAAGUAUCCCUGGAAGAAUUGUCCCAUCCAACGCAGCCAAGGAUGUUUUCUUUGACUAAGAUUGUAGAAAUCUCUUACUAUAACAUGGGACGUAUCAGGCUUCAGUGGUCCAGGAUCUGGCAAGUCAUAGGGGAUCACUUCGACAGGGUCGGCUGCAGCCCCCGUCAAGAUAUCGCCUUCUUCGCGGUUGAUUCUUUGAGACAACUUGCUACGAAGUUCAUCGAGAAGGGCGAGUUCGCUAAUUUCCGAUUCCAAAAGGAUUUCCUUAGGCCGUUCGAACAUAUUAUGAAAAAGAAUAGAUCACCAGUGAUUAGGGAUAUGGUUGUCCGCUGUGUAGCACAAAUUGUGCACUCACAAGCUCCCAAUAUUAGAUCAGGAUGGAAAAAUAUAUUCAGCGUUUUUCAUCAUGCUGCCAGCGAUAGAGAUGAGGCUGUAGUUGAACUGGCAUUUUCUAUGACUGGAAAAAUUAUAAAUGAGUUAUACGCUGAAGACUUCAGCAUCAUGGUUGAUUCCUUCCAAGACGCCGUAAAGUGCCUCAGCGAAUUUGCUUGCAAUGCUUCCUUCCCAGAGACAAGCAUGGAGGCCAUACGAUUGAUUCGCUCUUGCGCUUCGUACAUCGACGCCAAUCCAAGUCUCUUUGCAGAAGGCAUGAUGGAUGAUAGUGGAAUGGUGUCUGAGGAAGACAGAGCUUGGGUUAGGGGAUGGUUCCCACUGUUAUUCGAGUUAUCAUGCAUAGUGAGCAGAUGUAAGUUGGAUGUCAGAACACGUGCACUGACUGUUCUCUUUGAUGUUGUGAAAACUCAUGGAGCUUCUUUCAAACCCCAUUGGUGGAAGGACCUCUUCCAAGUCCUCUUUAGGAUUUUUGAUAACAUGAAGCUUCCUGAACAGCAUACAGAGAAAGCAGAAUGGAUGACGACAACAUGUAACCACGCCUUGUACGCCAUCGUGGACGUGUUCUCCCAGUUCUAUGACACCUUAGGCCCCCUACUAUUAGAACAGCUAUACUCCCAGUUGCUCUGGUGCGUGCAGCAGGACAAUGAGCAGCUGGCACGUUCUGGAACCAACUGUCUAGAGAACUUAGUGAUCAGUAAUGGUAUCAAAUUCGACGAGCAGACCUGGGAGAAGACUUGUGGUUGCGUUCUGGACAUCUUUGAAAGCACCUUACCAUCUGCAUUGCUUACAUGGAAGCCCCAGUCUCCCAACAAGGAGUCUGAUCUGGAUGUAAUCACAGGAGAAGCAGAUAGUCAUAUGGGCAUCCUGAAGAGGAGCAACAGCUCCCAGAGUCUAACUAAUGGGGAGUCUAUAAAGAAUAAAAUCUUUUCUGCGUUGUUAAUCAAGUGUGUUGUGCAGCUGGAAUUGAUUCAGACAAUAGACAACAUAGUGUUCUACCCAGCCACAUCAAGAAAGGAGGAUCAGGAGAACCUAGCACUAGCACAGGCAGACAUGUUCAAUGGGAAGUCCUCUGAGCUGGGUGUUAGAGCUGGUGCAGACCAACAGAAGGAGGAACAAGGCAUGUAUUGUGCCCUUACGACUACACACUUGUUACAAUUGGUUGAAUGUUUAUUAAAAUCUCAUCGAUUUGCUAAGAGCUUUAAUUCUAACCAUGAACAACGCAAUGUACUGUGGAAGGCUGGCUUCAGAGGCAAUGUGAAACCAAAUCUACUCAAGCAGGAGACUCAGUCCUUGGCCUGUGCACUGAGAAUUCUAUUUAAGAUGUAUAGUGACGAAGCUCACAGGGCUGAUUGGAGCAAAGUGGAAUCCAGGCUUGUGGAAGUCGCCUGUGAAGCACUGGAAUACUUUCUUGCGCUUUCCAAUGAGGCUCAUAGGGAUGCCUGGACACCGAUCUUGCUGUUAUUACUCGCCAGGAUCCUGAAGAUGAGCGAUAAUCGAUUCGCGGUACACGCGUCCAGCUGUUACCCACUGCUUUGUGAAGUUAUGUGCUUUGAUCUCAAACCGGAAUUACGGUCCGUGCUCCGGAGAUUCUUCUUGAGGAUUGGCCCUGUGUUCAGGAUCACUCAGCAGUAGUUGCUGUAAUUAGUCACUGUGAAGAAUGAGGUCAUACAGCUUUUAGGUUGAUCUGGAAGGUACAGGGAGAGAUCCUUAUACUUUUGAUUGGUAGUAGCUCUUUCCUA